CCCGCCUGCCCGCCCGCUCGGGGCGCAGGGCGGGAGGCGGGAGCGGCCCCCACCGCGCUCCGCACACGCGCACCGGGAGCCGCUCGGCCGCACCGGCGGAGCCGCCGCCGCCCGCCGCCAACCCCCGCCCCGGGGGCGGCUGCCCCGGCGGAGCCUCCAUCUGCAGCCCGGCGGCGGAGCGGGAACAUGGCGGACCUGGAGGCGGUGCUGGCCGAUGUCAGCUACCUGAUGGCGAUGGAGAAGAGCAAGAGCACCCCGGCGGCCAGGGCCAGCAAGAAGAUCACCCUGCCCGAGCCCAGUAUCCGUAGUGUUAUGCAGAAAUACCUCGAGGAAAGGGGCGAAUUAACCUUCGACAAGAUCUUUCAUCAGAAAAUUGGAUUUUUGCUCUUCAAAGACUACUGUAUGAAUGAGAUUGAUGAAGCUGUCCCUCAGCUGAAGUUCUAUGAAGAGAUCAAGGAGUAYGAGAAGCUGGACUCGGAGGAGGAGCGGCUGUCGCGGAGCCGGCAGAUCUACGACACCUACAUCAUGAAGGAGCUGCUGUCCUGUUCCCACCCUUUCUCAAAACAAGCUGUAGAUCAUGUACAAACACAUUUAGCCAAGAAACAAGUGCCAGCCAGCCUUUUCCAGCCAUAUAUAGAAGAAAUUUGUGAUAGUCUCCGAGGAAAAAUAUUUCAAAAAUUUAUGGAAAGUGACAAGUUUACUAGGUUUUGUCAAUGGAAAAAUGUAGAGCUAAAUAUUCAUCUGACCAUGAAUGAUUUUAGUGUACAUAGAAUAAUAGGAAGAGGGGGAUUYGGUGAAGUGUACGGCUGCAGAAAAGCAGACACUGGAAAAAUGUAUGCAAUGAAAUGUUUAGAUAAGAAGAGAAUUAAGAUGAAGCAAGGAGAAACAUUAGCCUUAAAUGAAAGAAUUAUGCUGUCUCUUGUCAGUACAGGAGACUGUCCUUUUAUAGUCUGUAUGACCUAUGCCUUCCACACCCCUGACAAGCUCUGCUUCAUUCUGGACCUCAUGAAUGGAGGAGAUUUGCACUACCACCUCUCCCAGCACGGYGUGUUUUCUGAAAAAGAGAUGAGGUUUUAUGCUACUGAAAUCAUCCUGGGGUUAGAGCACAUGCACAAUCGCUUCGUGGUGUACAGAGACCUGAAGCCUGCAAAUAUCCUGCUGGAUGAACAYGGGCACGUGAGGAUAUCAGACCUUGGGCUGGCUUGUGACUUUUCCAAAAAGAAGCCACACGCCAGCGUAGGAACCCACGGGUACAUGGCCCCCGAGGUGCUGCAGAAGGGCACAGCCUACGACAGCAGCGCCGACUGGUUCUCCCUGGGCUGCAUGCUCUUCAAGCUGCUGAGGGGGCACAGCCCUUUCAGGCAGCACAAAACCAAAGAUAAGCACGAGAUCGACCGGAUGACGCUCACCGUGAAUGUGGAGCUCCCAGAUUCCUUUUCUCCCGAGCUGAAGUCCCUUCUGGAAGGGCUCCUGCAGCGGGAUGUGAGCAAGAGGCUUGGAUGCCAAGGAAGAAGCGCACAAGAAGUAAAGGAACAUCCUUUCUUCAAAGGCAUUGAUUGGCAGCAAGUCUAUUUACAGAAGUACCCUCCCCCUYUGAUUCCUCCCCGGGGAGAAGUCAAUGCAGCAGAUGCUUUUGAUAUUGGCUCGUUUGAUGAAGAGGACACUAAAGGCAUUAAGUUGCUUGAUAGUGACCAGGAGUUAUAUAAGAACUUCCCUCUGGUAAUAUCGGAGCGUUGGCAGCAAGAAGUAGCAGAAACUGUUUAUGAUGCAGUAAAUGCAGACACAGAUAAAAUUGAGGCCAGAAAAAGGGCUAAAAAUAAGCAGCUUGGCCACGAGGAAGAUUAUGCCCUGGGGAAGGACUGCAUCAUGCACGGAUACAUGCUCAAGCUGGGGAACCCCUUCCUGACUCAGUGGCAGCGRCGUUACUUUUACCUCUUCCCAAACCGGCUGGAGUGGCGAGGAGAAGGAGAAUCCCGGCAAAACCUGCUGACCAUGGAACAAAUAGUAUCUGUUGAAGAAACACAAAUUAAAGAUAAGAAAUGCAUCUUGCUGAGAAUUAAAGGAGGAAAACAGUUUGUCCUACAGUGUGAGAGCGACCCCGAGUUUGUUCAGUGGAAAAAAGAGCUGACAGAGGCUUUCACCGAGGCCCAGAGGUUGCUGCGCCGGGCUCCUAAAUUCCUCAAUAAAUCCCGCUCCACGGUCGUCGAGCUGUCGAAGCCGCCGCUCAGCCACAGGAACAGCAACGGGCUGUAGGAGGCAGCGACCAUGUUCCCAACGGGGAGAGCCGCUCCUGAGCGUCCCGGAACCCUUGGAAACGAAUGACUUUGUGCGGCCCCGGAGGGCGCCGGGAACAGGAGGGAUUCGAUGUUUACAGCGCGGGAUGGCGUCAGGAACUCUGGGUGCGCGCGGAGRGCAGCGCUGGAGAGGAGAGGCUGCUCCUUGCUCCCACCCCCGGCGGGGCUCCAACUACUGCUGGAAGGAAGAGGCUGUUUCCCCCGCCGUGCCGUGGGUGGCACGGGUGCUGCUGGCGGGUGACACCGCCGCAGUGACRCCGCCGGGGCCGCCCCUCGCUCUGUCGUGUUGCCCCGUGUCCUUCCCAGACCAUUACUGCUGACUCUCUUGAUAACCUUGCUCCAUACUGCUGACGAUCAACAGCGUGACUCUGAUGCACUUCAAAGUACUGAAUUCUAACUGUCCUGUGGUUUAAAUGUUAUUGCUACUUCAUGGGAGCGUUGAACUCGAAUUAUUCCCCUGGGUUUUGUUGUACUCACUAAUAGUAGCUACCACCGUUUUGCUUCUUCUACGUAUAUGCAGUACUAUAACUGACACAAUAGAGUAAUAAUUGGUGAAGAGGAAUUUAUGGUAGCUUCAUCUAGUGCUCUGUUGUAUAAAUCGACUAUUUUAGCACAGUUUUUAAAGAGCAGAUUCCUUUUGACAAGUUUACAGUGAACAUAAAAGACAGUUCUUUUCCAUUUCAGGUCAACUGCACUUUUUAAAAAAUUAAAAAAGAAAUGAUUCAAAUCCAGUGCAUUGUCGAGCAUGUGCUGGGUUCCGGUGUGUGUGGGUACCUCGGUACGURUUCCGGAUCGCUCCUCAGCCCUGGGACUCGGGAUCCUCCUCUGCUCUACCCAGGUGUGUUCCCAUAGGUAGAAAUCCCCAAUUCCCUCUGGGGAGGUGUGUGCACAUAUCACAGCUCGGCCUGGGAAAGGAUCUCUCCUUUUCCAUCCUGAAGAGUUCAGACUGCCCGCAGUGAUAACAGUCCGAGAAAAAACGAGCGUGGAACUGACAGAAAUGAGCUGAUCAAAUGCCAGGUUUAUGUUAAUUCUGCUUGAGGCAGCAGGUGUGUUGUGUGGAAAGCCUUGCUGAAGGAAAGCUCCAAUCCUGAGCUGUCCCACGGGUGCUGUGGUGGUUUGKAAGAAAGAGGUCAGGGCUGAAUUUAAGCUAUUUUUUUUUUCCAAUUCAGUGAACACCUUAGAGAAGAUUUUCCUUCCUYGCUGCAGAGGUACAACUCUCCCAGUCCCUGAAGACAGAGAGAAUUGUGCCUGUGUAAGUGGGAGCAGGAGCUAAGCAUGGUUUGUCGAGCGUGUGUGGCUGUCAGAUCACCACAGAGUUCCUUGAAAAAAAGUAGUAAAAGUGACUCUGUUUGCUUCUACACACACAGGGCUUGUGCAARCCCUGCCUGACCACCUGGGGCUGCAUCAAAAUGAAAAUACAUUCUGGAAUAUACCCCCUGUGAGUCAGUGGUUCCUCCCCAUGAUUUUUU